AUGAGGGGAGACAAACAGGUGCAGACCCCUUGCCAUCUUGGUCAGGGCUGUGUCUUGAUCUCUGGAUUGUUAAUAGUUCCAGAGAAACAAAGAGCCAGAGGCUCAAUUAAAGGCAGUUUAUAUAAGAGGCAGGCCUUUUUGGGGAGCAGGGGCUCCCUGGUGGCCUCCUCACCCCUACCAAGCAGUCCUUUCAGAGGGGCUCAUGCAUCCUCUAUUCAGAGGCACUUUGGGGCCAAGUGCCCCCUCCUUGCCCAGCUUGACAACUGGGCAGCACUCUCACAGGCCUUGAGAGAGUUGGGCAAAUUGAGGCCAGGCAAGGACAUAAGCUGA